GAAGGGGACACUAGCAGCUGGCGGGACAAGACGAUGCUCUGCGCUGCUGCUGUGGUGUAGGCGCGCACGGACGGGGGGGACUGUGGACCUGACACGGUAUUAAUAGGACAGCUUUGAGUGUCUCGUUCGCUUUGGUGGAAACGCGUCGGAGCAGGCAGAGAGGACUGGGACUGGGCUGGCGUGUUGGGUUUUUUUUUUCCAGGGGGGGCUCCCGAUACACGGAUUAAAACAUAAAUACACAGACCACACGUGAAUAACAGCAACACAACGAGGAUUGACGAGCUGGUGGAGGCAUCAUGGAAGUCCUGGCAGCGUUGAAUUUGGGCGAGAUCUCUCACACUUUCUCCAAAAUGGGGAUGUUUCCAGUGUUUGAUCUCGCGUAUUACAUCGUGUCCAUCCUGUAUCUCAAGUACGAGCCAGGCUCAGUGGAGGUGUCUCGUAGGAGUCCCGUGGCGUCCUGGCUCUGUGCGAUGCUGUACUGUUUCGGGAGCUACAUUCUGGCCGAUGUGAUGCUCGGCCACAGCCCCGUCGACUAUUUCCAACACAACAGCCACAUCCUGCUGGCCUCUCUCGUCUGGUACCUGAUCUUCUACUGCCCUCUGAACCUGUUCUAUAAGUGCGUUGCGUUCCUGCCCGUGAAACUGGUGCUGGUGGCUCUGAAGGAGGUGGUCCGCACCAGAAAGAUCGCCGCUGGAGUUCACCACGCCCACCACGCCUACCACCACGGCUUCUUCAUCAUGGUUAUCGUCGGAUACGUCAAAGGCUCCGGAGUGGCUCUCAUGUCAAACUUUGAGCAGCUGCUGCGAGGAGUGUGGAGACCCGAGACCAACGAGAUCCUCAACAUGUCAUUCCCGACCAAGGCCAGCCUGUACGGAGCGAUCCUGUUCACCCUGCAGGAGGCGCACUUGCUCCCUGUGGCCAAGAGCACUCUCAUCCUGGGCUUCACCCUCUUCAUGGCCACCUCCAAGGUUGUGAUGACGGCCCGCCACUCCCACGGUUCCCCCUUCGCCCUGAUUGAGUCCUGGGUCUGCCACCUGCUGUUCGGCUCUCCUCUAGGGGGCGCCGAAGAGGACCACCACGCCCCCGCCCCCGCCUCCCCGCUCAAAACCAAGGAGGAGCUGAGCGAAGGAGCGCGCAAGAGGAAGACCAAGAAAGCAGAGUAGGAUGCUACAACGUAAAAAAAACAACAAAACAAAACAGCAAAAAUGGCAUCUGAUUGGCCCUCACUGUGGUCACAUGACAGGACUUCCCAUUCCUUAUUAGGGAAAGGGGCGGGUUGAUUGUUAUUGCCAAACGAGACCCUUCCAAUCGGAGUUAAAUGGUGCUUCCUGUGUUUUACUUUGUAACAGCACAAGGACUCGAACCCUGGACAUUCAAGACCCAUUUUUGGAUGUGUUUGUAGCAGGUUUUCCCUUCUCCCCUUUUCCAACCAUACGUCAUUUUACAAAGAAAGUAAAAACACAAAAA